AUGAGAAAUGUGAGCAGAAGCCACGUGGAGGAGUUUGUCUUGGUGGGUUUUCCUACCUCUCGACCCUUCCAGGCACUCCUAUUUGUUUUCUUUUUUGCAGUUUAUCUGUUGACAUUACUGGAAAAUGUACUCAUUGUUUCUACGAUCUGGUUCACUCCAAGCCUCCAUCGCCCCAUGUACUUUUUCCUCGGUCAUCUCUCCUUCCUGGAACUAUGGUACAUCAACGUUACUGUUCCCAGACUCUUGGGAGUCUUUCUUACUGAGGACAGUAGGGUCUCGUUUGUGGGCUGCAUGACCCAGCUUUACUUCUUUAUUGCCUUAGCCUGCACUGAGUGUGUCCUGUUGGCAGUUAUGGCCUAUGAUCGCUAUCUGGCUAUCUGUGAACCCCUUCGUUACCCUACUCUCAUGCCUCCCAGACUGGCCACUCGCCUAGCAGCUGCUUCUUGGGGCAGCGGGUUCUUUAGUUCCAUGAUGAAGCUACUUUUCAUUUCCCGGUUAUCCUACUGUGGGCCCAAUAUCAUCAACCACUUUUUCUGUGAUAUUUCCCCAUUGCUCAACCUCACUUGCUCAGACAAGGAACAAGCUGAGCUAGUAGACUUCCUGCUCGCACUGGUAAUGAUUCUGUUGCCUCUAGUAGGCGUGGUUUUCUCAUAUGCUGCCAUCAUUGUAGCCAUCUUGAGGAUCCCUACAGCCCAGGGACGCCAGAAAGCCUUCUCCACCUGCACCUCCCACCUGACAGUGGUUGUCAUCUACUACUCCUCCACUCUUUUCACCUACGCACGUCCCCGAGCCAUGUACACCUUCAACUACAACAAGAUCAUCUCUGUGCUCUACACUGUCAUUGUCCCAUUCCUCAACCCAGCCGUCUACUGUUUAAGAAACAAGGAGGUGAAGGAUGCCUUCAGGAAGACCAUGGUAGGAAGAUGCCACCAUCCUAGCGAUGGUCCAGAUUGAU